AUGACAGAUCAAACUUCUGCACAUAUUGAUGCACCUAAGCCAGGUCGCCCUUGUGCACGCCCCGUUAUGAAGGCUGUAAAGGCCACUGGUAGUCAGGCAAGUGCAGAAAUUGCUGCCAGUGGCAAUAGGGCUGCUGACAUCCAAGGUAGAGAUGGCUGGCCUAAAUGUCAAUUAGCAGCUGGUGCUGAUGUUGAAGACCCUGCAAGUGAGGAAGAGAUGGAGGAAGUGCCAAGGGCACACAAAAAGAAGGGGAGGAAAAUCAUACCAGUGAAGAUGCCAGUGAGAGAUGCUAUCCAAGCAACUAGGAGCCUUAUCAGCAAUGGAAGCAUGGAGGCAUGUGAUGAUGACCAUCAGACACCAGGCCUUGAUAGUGAAGUUGGUUGUAUCCCAGGCUGGAUAUCAAAUAUUCCCACAAGUAUAGGUUCAAAACCAUCCUCCAAGGCCACCCCUUCUACCACCGCACCUUCCACAUCUAACUUUCCUCCAUCUUCUAGGAUUACAAAAGGCAGUACUAUCAGUAGCGGCAGUGUCCCACUCACAUCUAUCAGUACUUCCGAUGCUGGAGCCAAUGUCAUGGGGAGUCACUAUACAGCUUGGUUCAAGGAUGGUUCCUUAGGGUAUCAAGAUUUCUCCCAAGAGGAGCUUGACCUGAUUGAGGAGGACAUUGGAAAUGAUGGUUUCUUCAUGCUUUCAGAUAUCGAUAAUGACGAUGACAGACUCCGAGAGGAUGACAAGGACAAUGACAACAACAAGGAGGACAGCAUUUUGCUCAACACAUCCAAAGACCAAUUCAACAUGGAUACUGAGGUUCCUCCUGCAGUUGUUCCCCUAGUCAAAUACAAGUCCAAUUCUGAUAGUAGUAUGGACUCUGAUCUCCAGCCUCGUCCUUCUGGGCAGCCUCCACCUCUCGGCCAAGUUCUCAACCUGUGUUCUACCAUCAAAGCUAUCAAGCAGAAACUAGCAGAUUUUGAGGAUGACCUGUCUCUCUCAUCCGAUGUUGAAUUUGUGGGUCAAAGCUAUCAAGUGGCAGUCAAGAAGGAGGAAUCCGAACCAAUGCUCUUGCGCCAAACUUCUGCAACUGGUGUCAGUGUCACCAGAAACGCUGCUGUAGCAAAGAAGUUGAAGCCAUCCAUCACAGAUACUCACUCUGCCAGCAUGGUGUCCUCCCAGGCAACUCCUGGUCCCAUGAAUCCUCCCACAGCACUGCUAAUGCAGAUCCUUGCCCGUUUGCAGUACAGGAUGAAGAACCUUCCUGGAGGUGUUUGGCUCCUCAAGGAUGCGCCUCUUUGCAUCAUGCUGCAGUCCAUCUGGAACACACUUUUCACCAGAACAAUCCCACAUACAGUCACUAAUGAUAGACCUGUUAUAGGCAUAAGUAGUGCAACACGAUUGCCUCCACUGCCUGUCAUCGUACUUGCAAAUUUCAUGUUCUCACAGGACAACAUUGAGACUGAUGAAGAUUGCACAGGUUUAGCAAAGAGUUUACGUUUAGCAUUCUUGUAUGGGAAUAUCAGCGAGGAGGGCAAGGGCAAGAAUCCUUUUCAGUCUGACCUUAUCAUCCAGGUCCUUGUGCAUCACAGGUGCUCCACUUGGGGCACUAUAGACGUGCCAGGGACCACAACCAUGUCAUUGGCAUAUUCAAGGGGUGCUCUUGCUCUUUCUACUGCGGCAGCAUGUUUUUUAUACUAUCGUCAUAUAUACUCAGCUUAUUUUGCAUGUUUCAGGUCAAGUGUGCCCUCCAUCUUAUCAUGGACAAAGGCAAGAAUGGUGACAUCGAAGUCGUCUCUGGAAGGAGGGCAUGUCAAGGUCCCCCGGAAGCACAACAAAUCUACGGACAAGGAAAGCACUGUUUCUUUUGCAUUUUCAGAUGCCAACUAUAGGGCAAAGACCAGGUCUUACAUGACUUCCAUCACUCGCCUUCAAGAGCCUGUCAUCCACUGA